UGAACCUUUUGGGCUUUGUGAAAAGACAGAAGCAGAGGAUAAGAGCACGCAGCUCUGUCUGUCGCUCUCUUCUUCUUCUUCUUAGCCAGAAAGAAGCUCUCAGAGUAAACUUCCUAUUUCUUCUCCUUAAUCCCUUCUUGCUAAGUAGACAAACGCAACAAGUAUUUUACUCUUUGAACAACCAAACUUUAACGCAAUAGAACAAAAGAAAACCCUUGCACCUUCGGCCUUUUUGUUGUCCUAAACAUUCUGAUGGAAUUAAUAGUGCCAACGAAGCAAACCCAUGAAGGGAUUUGCUCAUUUCACUCCAAGCGGUUCUCAGGUUGUUGUAAUAAUAGGGGGAGGUCCAAGACCACUUCAGUAAAGCUACUUGUGAGACAAAAUAAGGUUUUUGCUAUUUCAACAACUGAAACGAAUGGUAGGUUAUCAAGGCCACAUGUUGUUAUAUCUGAAAAUAAUUUUGAAGAAUUUGAGAGUAAUAAUUAUCUUCGUCGGUUGGUUAGAGAUGGGGAAUUAGAAGAAAGUUUCAAGCACCUUGAGAGUAUGGUGUAUCGUGGGGAUAUUCCUGAUAUUAUUCCAUGUACAAGUUUGAUUCGUGGGUUUUGUAGAAUUGGGAAAACUAAGAAGGCUACAAGAGUUUUGGAGAUCCUUGAGGAUUCCGGAGCUGUUCCUGAUGUUAUUACUUACAAUGUCUUGAUUAGUGGUCAUUGUAAAUCUGGAGAAAUUGAUAAUGCAUUGAAGGUCUUGGACCGAAUGAGUGUUGCACCUGAUGUAGUCACAUACAAUACUAUUUUGCGCACCUUAUGUGAUUGUGGCAAAUUGAAACAAGCUAUGCAUGUUCUUGACCGUAUGUUGCAGAGAGAAUGUUACCCUGAUGUCAUUACCUACACCAUUUUGAUCGAAGCUACGUGUAAGGAAAGUGGCGUGGGGCAGGCAAUGAAGCUGUUGGAUGAAAUGAGGAGUAAAGGAUGUGUACCUGAUGUCGUCACUUAUAAUGUUCUAAUAAAUGGGAUUUGUAAGGAAGGCAGAUUGAAUGAAGCAAUCAAGUUCCUGAAUAAUAUGCCAUCUUAUGGCUGCCAACCUAAUGUGAUUACACACAAUAUAAUUUUGCGUAGUAUGUGUAGUACGGGUAGGUGGAUGGAUGCCGAGAAACUGUUGGCCGAUAUGGUUAGAAAAGGCUGUUCUCCUAGUGUUGUCACAUUUAAUAUCUUGAUCAAUUUUUUAUGUCGGAAAGGACUGUUGGGACGGGCUAUUGAUUUAUUGGACAAGAUGCCCAAGUAUGGGUGUACUCCAAACUCCUUGAGUUAUAAUCCAUUGCUUCAUGCAUUCUGCAAAGAGAAGAAAAUGGAUCGAGCGAUUGAGUAUUUGGAAGUUAUGGUGAGUAGGGGUUGUUACCCUGAUAUUGUGACUUAUAAUACAUUGCUCACAGCUUUGUGCAAAGAUGGUAAGGUUGAUGUUGCAGUUGAAAUCCUCAACCAACUUAGCAAAAAAGGUUGUUCUCCAGUCCUAAUCACUUACAAUACAGUGAUUGAUGGACUAUCCAAAGUGGGGAAAACUGAACUUGCCAUUGAACUGCUUAAUGAAAUGCGAGAGAAAGGUCUGCAACCUGAUAUAAUUACGUAUUCCUCGCUUGUGGCAGGUCUUAGUAGGGAAGGAAAAGUUGAUGAAGCCAUUAAGUUCUUUCAUGACUUAGAAGGAUUGGAUGUCAGGCCCAAUGCUAUAACCUACAAUGCCAUUAUGUUGGGCCUGUGUAAAGCUCGCCAAACAGAUCGUGCAAUCGACUUCUUGGCUUAUAUGAUUUCAAAGGGUUGUAAACCUACUGAAUCUACAUACACUAUUCUAAUUGAAGGUAUUGCUUAUGAAGGCUUAGCAGAGGAGGCUUUAGAGUUAUUGAAUGAGUUGUGCUCUAGAGGAGUUGUCAAGAAGAGUUCUGCUGAACAGGUUGUGGUUAAGAUGUAGACUUCCACCGCCGAGAUCAACCUCUCAAGUGUCAGUUUUUUGGAUGUUUACUGUUAAUUGCUCGCAUCAAUAUGUAACCAUCUUUUUCUCUGUUAGCUAGAAAUAUGAACUGAAAAUCAAUUUUGUUUGAUAAUGAUCAUAAUCCUUUUUCCC